AGAGUGAGGCGCGCCUUAAAGGGGAGGCGGGCGCGGGGCUCCUUCUGCGCCUGCGCCUUUAAGGCCUCCGCUGCGGCCGCUGUUUCUGCAGAAGGAAGAGGAAGAGGAAGGAGGCCCCCAGCGCCGCCGCCGCCGGAGAAGGGGAAAGGCCCCCCGGCGGUCUCUUGCGCCAUGGACUCCGCCGCCACGUCUGCCGCAUCCUCAUCCUGCGGUGGCGGUGUGGUUGGCAGCCUGGCGGUGGUCCAUGUGGCCUUCCCGGAGGUGACCAGCGCCCUCCUGGAGAACCUGAACCAGCAGCGGCUGGAGGGCAAGCUGUGCGACAUCGCCAUCCACGUCCAGGGGCGGGUCUUCCGGGCGCACCGGGCGGUGCUGGCGGCCUCCUCACCCUACUUCCAUGACCAGGUCCUGCUGAAGAACAUGACCUCCGUGGUGCUGCCCAGCGUCAUGGACCCCGUGGCCUUUGAGGGCGUCCUGGGUUCGGCCUACACCGGGCAGCUCAGCAUGGCUGCCGAGGAGAUCGUCAAUUUCCUGACGGUGGGCAGCGUCCUCCAGAUGUGGCACAUCGUGGACAAGUGCACAGAGCUGCUCAAGGAACGCCGGGGGGCUCUGCUGCUGGGAGCAGCCACGGCCCCCUCCUCUUCCUCCUCCUCCUCAGCUGCUCCCUGUUCUUCCUCCUUCCGGGCCCACUCCAGCCGGACCAGCGAGAACCAGUCACCUAGCAGCAGCAACUACUUCAGCCCCCGCGACUCAGGCGAGGGGCCCUCUGAGCCGGGCAAGUACCACUCCCGGGGGGCCCUUCUGGGGGGCGAGCGCGAGGCUUCAGAGGACCACGACGAGGAGGCGGUGGCGGCAGCCAUGGUGGUCUUCCCCAGGGAGAAGGGUCCUCCCUCGUCCCGCUGCCCGGACCCCUUUGCCGGGGGCAGCAGCAAGUUCAUCCUGGAGACGGACGACGACGCCAGUGACAGCGGGGAGCCUGGCUGCAGCAGUAACGAAGGGGCCCCGGGGCCCCGCCAGCACCACCGCCCGGCCUGCCUCCGGCCCAGCAUCGUCCCCCAGCGGCAGUGGGUCUUCAUCAAGAAGGAACGCUCCCAGGAGGACCUGGUGCUCACCUGCGAGGAGGACGAGGACCCUGUCGAGGAGGUGGAGGUGGGACCUGGGGCCCACGAAUCCUCCGGGCUCAGCAUCACCGACGUCCGCACACUGACCGACCCAGGCGGCGGAGGAGGCAAGCUGGAGGAGCAGGUGAACUUCUGUGAGUCCUCGGAGGACUUCCCCUCACCCUACGAGGGCCUGGAGGAGGGCUGCCCGCUGGCCAGCGUGGGGGGGCUUGGGGCAGGGAGUGCGUCCUCCUUCCAGCCACGGGGGUCUCUCCUGCCCAUGGACAUGCAGGGCAACCACGUGGUGGUCUUCCCGGCAUCGGCUGCCGCCUCAGCCCCAGCCCCAGCCCCAGCGGUGGAGCACGGGGCAGUGCAGCUGGCGGCGGGCUCUGGGGACGGGAACAAGAUCUUCCUGUGCCACUGCGGGAAGGCCUUCUCGCACAAGAGCAUGCGCGACCGGCACGUGAACAUGCACCUGAACCUGCGCCCCUUCGACUGCCCUGUCUGCAACAAGAAGUUCAAGAUGAAGCACCACCUGACGGAGCACAUGAAGACCCACACAGGGCUCAAGCCCUACGAGUGCGACGUCUGCGCCAAGAAGUUCAUGUGGAGGGACAGCUUCAUGCGCCACAAGGGCCACUGCGAGCGGCGGCACCGACUGGGCCCCGGAAAUGGAAGUGGCGGCAGCAGCGGUGGAAACACAAAGAAGGAGGCCUCCCCGUCCCCCAUGGACGGCGAGUGGGGCACCGGGAACAUGGCCGCUGGGUCCUGCUCCUCGGGGCGCUCCCCCCGCAAUGAAGUCGGCUUUGCCGGGAGCAGCAAGAUGUGAACCCCCUUUUAGAGAGGGGGGCCGCCCUCUUUCUAAAAAGACCCCCAAGCUCUCCAGCCCUCUCCUCUCGGCAGCAUGAGGGCUCCUUCCUCUGGAGAUCCAGCAUUACUCUGAUGAGUGGAGCCAGUUUGGGCUGGAUUUAGGGCAGGGGCAGUCCGGAUGGUGCUAAUGAACCCAUGCCCCCCCCCACGGCCCCCUCCCAUCAUGCAAUUGGAGGAGACUUUGGAGGACUGAGGGUGGGCAGGAGAGUGGGGACACAGACACAGGACAGCCCCCUCCCCCCCACCAAGAGGGGGCUUUGCUUUGCUAGAUUUUUUGGGGGGGGGGGUUAUUGUAGCCACCCACUAAUUUCACUUCUUCCUUGUGUGUCUAUCUGGAAAAAGAACUGAACACUAAGCGGUCAACCUACCAUCGUGGGGGGGAGGUGUCGUUUUGCUGAGGGGGGUCUUAAUGUGGGGGAAGUGUCCUCCCUCCCCCUGCUUUGCAUGCAGAAAGGGCUGGGUUCAAGUCCUGGCACAAGGCCCAGGAAAUCUGAGCAAAGAUGGGGGUGGGGCUGACCUUGUACCCCCCCCAAUUUGAGCAACAGUUGGCCUGUUAAAUAGGCCCCCCCCCCCAGAACAAGACUG